GCUCGGAAGCAUGUUUAAGCGGCGUGUGAAAUCACAGCAUACUCAUCGAUCGCGAUAUCGGUUUCUGCCGGUGGUGGUGCUGCUAGUGCUAGCCCAAUGGUGCCUACUAAACACAGCCGUUACGGCCGAAUCUACCGAUAUCGAGCUCGAUGCGAAGGCGAACAAAAUCCAUCAGAUCGAUUCGCUCAAUCUGUUGCUUUACACCUUCCUGCUAACGUUGACGGUGCUAACGAUAUGGUUAUUUAAACAUAGGCGCGUUUCAUGGCUGCACGAAACGGGUCUGGCCGUUAUAUAUGGCCUCAUUGUGGGCGCCAUUAUCCGUUAUGCAGGAACCACCACACCAAUCAUUCACGUUUCCGUGGAAGCCGAACCGGAUGCCAAGUUCAACCAAAGCCUCCCACCGGACACGUUAUGGCUCAAGUUUCCGGGAAAUUUGCCGCACGGUUCCGAUCAACCGGUAAAAGCAAACAAAACGUACACGUACAGCUUUCGGGGCGAGCUGGGCAAUGUGGAAGAGAACGAGAUCGAUCUGAAGGCGACGUUUGAUCCGGAAAUCUUUUUCAACAUCAUCCUGCCACCGAUCAUCUUCCAUGCCGGUUACAGCUUAAAGAGGAAAUAUUUCUUCCGUAACCUCGGAGCGAUUUUAAUGUUUGCCAUCAUCGGUACGACCCUGUCGGCGUUUUUAAUUGGUGCACUAAUGUACGGAUUCGUCCAGCUGAUGCCAAAGCUAAAGUCGAGCUUUACGUUUCUGGAUACGCUGUACUUUGGGGCCCUUAUUUCUCCUACGGAUCCGCUUACCAUUUUGGCGAUCUUUAGCGAUAUGCAUGUGGAUGUUAAUCUGUAUGCGCUUGUGUUUGGUGAAAGUGUACUGAACGAUGCCGUUGCGAUCGUGCUCAGUGGUGCAAUCCAAAACUACGGCGAACAUUACUCGAGCAAUGGUGAAUUUGAAGGGCAUGCGUUUUUACGAUCGUUGGGCGAUUUCUUUAGCGUGUUUGCCUUUUCACUGUUAAUCGGUGCAUCGAUGGGGUGCGUUACGGCCAUGAUGACCAAGUUUACAAGGAUACGAGACUUUCCACUGCUGGAAUCGGCCUUGUUUGUACUGAUGUCGUACAGUACGUUUUUAAUUGCUGAAGCGGCUGAGUUGACCGGAGUUGUUGCUGUACUGUUUUGCGGCAUCUGUCAAGCACAUUACACGUACAACAACCUUUCGGAUGACUCCCGGACACGGACGAAGCAGAUAUUUGAGUUGCUUAAUUUUCUUGCUGAAAACUUCAUCUUCUCGUACAUCGGUGUGUCCAUGUUUACCUUCCCCAAGCAUCAUUUUGAUCCGCUGUUCAUUUUUACCGGAUUUAUGUGCGCGGCUAUUGGGCGUGCUGUAAAUAUUUAUCCCCUUUCAGCGUUGCUGAACAUUGCUAGAAAGCCAAAGAUUUCGUGGAACUUUCAGCACAUGCUGUUCUUUGCAGGAUUACGUGGUGCAAUGUCUUUCGCACUUGCGAUUCGUAACACGGUGUCCGAUGCAAGACAGGCUAUGCUAACGACAACGUCAUUGAUUGUUAUUACUACCGUUAUCAUCCAGGGAGGUGCCGCUAACUUCCUGCUAAACUGGUUGAAUAUACCUGUUGGCGUUGAUGAUGAAACGGAAGUUCUACCCUAUCAAGGCGUUCGUAGCGUGUACAAUUCGAUGGAGAACACAGCUGGGUCGAUCGACGUUGGUUUAAAUCUGAGUCAGCUGCAAGUGAAUAGGCGAGCAAGCUCUUUGGAUUUGGAAAAUCCAGAUAGUGAGGGUGCCACCACACCGGGAGGAACACGAAGAGGGCACGAAAAGGCUGUCCUGGCACGACUGUGGGGAAACUUCGAUACAAGGUAUAUGAAACCAUUGCUGACCCAUUCGAGGCCGACAUUGCUCGAAACGUUACCCGUUUGCUUGAGCCCAUUGGCUCGUUUGCUCACCACAACCGAGCAGCUGACGCAGGAUGGUCCAACGCGCCGUUCGGAUUCCGAUUCCGACCUAUGCAUCGAUGACGAUGAUCGUGCUUCGCGCGGUGGCCCCACUGAUGGUAGCGGUCGCAGGAACUCAAUCAAUCGCUUAGAAAUUAUGGACGACAAUGAGCAUGGCACGUUCCGCGUUGCAUCCUCUGCCACUAUUGCCAACCGCAUCAUACAGCAGGGAAGAAGGGCCAGUGGAAAAAUAUUCCACUUCUAA